CCCCCUUGCUCCAGGUCCCUCCAGCCAGCGCUGCGUCUCGGUGCGGAGCUCUCCCGUAUGUCUGCUACACCGUAACUGAAAAGGUGGAGGCAGACCCCCUCGGGACUACCGCUUGCAAAUCUGUACCGUGCAGGGAGGUGUGCCGAAGGGCUGAGUCUGCGGUCGCCGCGAUGCUGUUGCUGCUGCUGGAGGCUGGCUCGUCCAUCCUGGGAAAUGCCGUGGAAAAGGUCGUGGAUGGCAGCUUGACGUCCAUGGUGCUGGUUACUUCAGCUUUUAUCUUAAGUCUGGCGUACUUCUCCAAAAUGAGCCUAAAACAUCAUGAAAGUCCGAACACAAAAUACCCGCCAUAUAUUCAUUCUAGCAUUCCAUUCCUUGGACAUGCAAUUGCUUUUGGAAGAAAUCCGAUUGACUUUUUAGAAGAUGCAUACUCUAAAUAUGGUCCUGUGUUUAGUUUCACAAUGGUUGGGAAGACAUUUACAUAUUUGCUGGGGAGUGACUCGGCUGCUUUGCUCUUCAACAGUAAAAAUGAGGACUUAAAUGCUGAGGAUGUUUACUCCAAGCUUACAACACCAGUUUUUGGCAAAGGAGUUGCCUACGAUAUUCCAAACCCAUUAUUUCUGGAACAGAAGAAGAUGCUCAAAACUGGUCUGAACAUUGCACAAUUUAAACAGCACAUCUCUCUGAUUGAAGAGGAAACUAUUGAGUAUUUUAAACGUUGGGGUGACAGUGGUGUCAGAAAUUUGUUUGAGGCCCUCUCAGAGCUGAUCAUUCUAACAGCCAGCCGUUGUUUACAUGGAAAAGAGAUUCGAAAUCUGCUGGAUGAGAAAGUUGCUCAGCUCUAUGCUGACCUCGAUGGUGGAUUUACCCAUGCUGCAUGGCUUCUUCCCAGCUGGUUACCUCUUCCCAGUUUCAGACGACGGGAUAAAGCACAUAAGAAGAUCAAGAAUAUUUUCUAUGAUGUAAUUAAGAAACGGAGGGAGUCGAGUACCAGGGAAGAUGACAUGCUGCAGACCUUACUGGAUGCUACCUAUAAGGAUGGAACUUCUCUGACUGAUGACGAAAUCGCAGGUAUGCUCAUUGGACUUCUGUUGGCAGGGCAGCACACUUCCUCUACUACCAGUGCCUGGAUGGGGUUUUUCUUGGCUAAGCAUAAAGAGCUGCAGGAGCGUUGCUACGCAGAGCAGAAAGCAGUGGCUGGGGAGGACCUGCCACUGCUCACCUACGACCAGCUGAAAGACAUGAGUUUGUUGGACCGCUGCUUAAAGGAAACCCUCAGGCUCCGUCCUCCGAUUAUGACAAUGAUGAGGAUGGCCAGAACUCCACAGACUGUUGCUGGUUACACCAUUCCUCCAGGCCAUCAAGUGUGUGUCUCUCCUACCGUCAAUCAUAGACUUAAAGAUACUUGGGUUGAAAGAUUUGAUUUCGACCCUGAUCGCUAUCUCCAAGAUAACCCGGCUGCUCAGCAGAAGUUUGCGUUUGUACCUUUCGGUGCAGGUCGUCAUCGUUGUAUUGGGGAAAAUUUUGCAUAUGUACAGAUCAAGACAAUCUGGUCUACUUUAAUCCGUUUGUAUGAGUUUGAUCUUGUUGAUGGAUACUUCCCAGUUGUGAACUACACAACCAUGAUCCACACCCCUACAAACCCAGUUAUCAGCUAUAAGAGACGAAUGAAAUAAGAAAUGGAUUAAUAAAAUCAAAUCUUGCUAUUCUGCAGUGACUUGUUUAUGCUAUCAAAUCAUUUUGUUGGUCUGUUAUAUAAAAAUCUCAUUCAACUAAUUCAGUACUGAUUUUGUAAUUACUAUUAAUUUAUUUCUAAAUUAAGGAUAUUGAUAACUGGGGUCCGUUUUACAAAUAGUAGUAGUCUGAAAUUUUGUUGUCUCUGCUCACGAAUUGCAUUUGUAUCCCUGAAAGCAAAGAUGUGUUGAGACUUAAUUGCACUGCUGAGCACUCAAAGACAGCAGCUUAGUGAAUUUCCUUGUAUUAUCACAUCCUUAUGUGAUUUAUUCUCAAUGUUAAACUUGGAUGUUGUCCCUUUUGCAACGUACUUUAACAUUUUAACAUUAAGGAAAUGUAGAGAAGAUAUGUUGCAUUUUUCCAAUGGUGGGCUGCUUGUAUGAACAUUAGGGAGUGAAGUUUGCUUUUAAGUAUGAAUUUGGAAUUUCUGAAGUUGUGGUAAAGCUUAGUUUGUAGAAAUUUUGUAUCAGCUUGGGAUGGAUAAUAAUGGUUAUGACUUUAUAGCCUCUCAAAAUGGGAUUGCUUAAGGCUUUAAAACUGUUGUCUUACUUGUGAAUGUAAUUGAUUGUACAAAAGAUUGUCACAUUGUUUUGUAUUAUUUUAACUAAUUAUAUAGCACCAAAAUUGGU